UAGUCCUAUAAAUACAAGGAACUUUGUGGAGGCUUUAUCACUCGCCUUUUGCCCUUGUUCGAUCAAACAAGACGCUGCCAUUUGUCGCCAUGAAGGGAUUCGUCGUUGCCAGCGUGAUCGCGCUCCUCCUCGUCGCCAUUGCUGAGACGCACAAGGGCCACCCUCAUCAAGGCCGCCCCUUCCUCUGCAUCAAAAAACUAUGCGACAGUGCUGCCAACUCCACCGGGUGUGGACCCUGCCUCCGGGAAGCCCAUACCUCCGGCAGCGUCGAAAAAGAAGUUUUGCGGCCCUGCUUCGAAGCUGCGUCAGGUUGCUUUGAUAUCAGCACUGAAGGCCUGGAUACUCUGAGGACGUGUCUCAGCGAUGCCAGUGAAGUUGUUGGAAACUGCAUUGCCCAGUAACUCGGCUUCGAAAUCUCAGCUGUUGGAAGAAGCGGCGGACUGACUGGAUAUUCUGACGACCCCCCCCCCCACCCCACCGAAACUCACUUCAGCAUUCUUUACAUCCACUUAAGCUACAGUUUCUUUGUCUUUGUAGUGGUUAAUAAAUGGCAUAAACAAUG